AGCUUAGGAAUUCGUUUUGUUUUUGUUUUCUGUUUGAGGUGUGCUAGCCACGCCCCCACGCCACAGAGCGUUGAGUGCACCCGCCGGCGGGUUAGACUAGAAGAAGAGAACGAGAGAGAGAAAGAGAGCGAGUGAGCGUGAGCGUGCAUAGCGACAAAAGCUAAAUGCUAUGAAAUUGUGUACAUUAAGCCAAGGCAAGAGAAAUUCGCCCCGAAAAAAGAAAAACACGUGUGUGACGCAUGAGAGACAAAGAAGAGAAAGUGUUAGAGAAAGAGAGAGAAUACAAUUUAAAAUAAAUAAUAUUAUCAAUGUAAAAUCGUAUGUACUAUAUAAAACAAAACAAAAAUGAAAAGCUAACAAAAAAACAAAAAACGAGCAAAAAACAAAUACCAGUAAUAAAUACAUUUACAUAGAUGUUGCAAAACAAAGAUCGAAUGGAAUAUGGAACAUGGAACAUGGAACAUGGAAGAGAACAAAAUUUGUGUGACAUUUGAAACAUUUUUCACAACUCGUUCGUUCUGAAAACAAAUCCCAGCAGCCUUCUGUUCUAAUGUUGCUGGACGCCAUCAUUUGGUUACCCACACUUUUCACGUACAUUGUGUUUCUGUUGAUCCUCAUCAUAUUGUUCUUCAUCGUUGCCUAUGUCAGUCACAAGAUCUACAUCUCCAUCUAUGACAAUCUGCCGCUGCCAGCUGCCCCGCUCUCCCGCUCCUCCAUCGCAAGUCGUUCCCGCUCGACGAUCGCUUUACGCUCCCGCACCACGAUCAAUGCUCGCGAAUCGUCGCGUGGCGAUCACAUGAGUCUCAGCGCCAGCUCUCGCUCCAUUUGGAUACAGAAUCGUUCGGCCAUCUACGAAGCAUCAACGGUGGUGCGCGUUACACUGACGUUGGAGCCGUGCUAUUUGGUCAGCGUCGGACUUGAUAUUCUGCCGCACUCGGAGCAUCGUGCCGUCAGCUUCUUGUGCAACUGCCAGGAUAAGGUGGCUAAAUGUGCGGCGACUGCCGAACGUGAGAUCGACUCGUUGCGCAUAUUGCGCUACUACGAUCAGCUGUCGAAGGUGCCGCGUCUGAAGUUGUUGUUGCGCUGCUGCGAACGCAAGAACAUGCAUCUGGUGCUCGACGAUGUCAUCAAGGAUGUCAUGGAGAAUCGGGGCAUAGACAAUACGACGGCAUGUCGAGCGCCCACACGACGCACGAGGCUGACCGAAGUGCGUAGCUCUGAGACUAGCGCGAGGCACGACAUAGAAAGACAGAAUGAGAUGGAGCGAGGUGGACCAUAAACCCAAGAGAGAGAACAAAGAGAGCGGAAAGAGAGAGAGAGUGUUGCUUACAUAUUUAAUUUUUGUAGUUUGUAGAACUUGUUUUUAUUGGCUUUUAUUCAGGUUAUGCAGAUGAGCAAAACUAUGCUUCUACUAUGUAUUAUAACAGUAGCUACAAGGCCACUCGGGCGACUCUUGACUUCAUCACUGGGUCGACUUGGGACUUGUGCACUCCCCCCAGAGAAUCAGAGAGCAAGAGAAGCGUCGCCACACCUGUAAUAAAGGCACAUAUAAGCUACGCUUCUUUACUUUAUUUUGCUUAUCUCGAUGGCGGGCCCAUAAAAAAAAAUAAAACGAAACGUAAUGAACUUUA